AUGAGAACUAGUGUGGUAGUAGCGUUUGGGCUGAUAGCCCUAGCUGGCGCGGCCCUCGGUCGGGAAAUCCGGGAAAAGCGGGAUGCCGAUCUAGAAUCAGCCGCUUCCCACCACGGAGGACACUGGGACAAGGGAGGCGGCCACGAGCAUCAUGGCCACCACCAUCAUGAGGGCGGCCACCACGACCAUAAGGGACACAAGGGCCACCACGAACAUCAUCACGGCAAACAUGGACACCACCACCACGAAGGGCACAAAGGACACCACGGUGAACACGGUGGCCACAAGAAGCACCACCACCACGACGAAGGAUACCAUCACCACAAGCACCACGGAGAAAAAGGCGAGCAUGGACAUGGUCAUGACGAGCACGGCCACUGGCACAAGGGACACGACACAAAGGGACACCACGGCGUUGAACAUCACGAUGAGUUCAAAAAGGACAAACAUUUCCACGAUCACCAUGGCGAGAAAGGCUUCCAUGAACACCACGGCGGGCACCACCACGAGGGCGGCUACAAGAAGGGCGGCCACUUCCACAAGGGACAUAAACACGGCGACCAUCAUCACCACGAGCACGGCAAGCACGGACACCACGAAAAGGGCGGACAUCACCAUCACCACGAGGGCCACCAUGGCGAGGGCGGUCACCACGAGCAUCACCAUCACCACCAUGAUCACGGCAAGAAGGGCGGUCAUGAAGAUCAUAAGCACUGGGGCUACAAGAAGCACUAA